GUUCUGGCGCAGCCAGUGCCCGCGCGUCUUUCGCGAUCGUCGGACCGCGCGUACGAAAAACGGGGUGGGUGUUCUCGGUCGCGUGUUUUCUAACCCCACGGGAAACCCAGAUGUGUUCCACGGGUAAACGCUUCGUCAGUAUCGAGCGAUAAUCUAUGGGCGAAAGUGUUUAUUGAAGGGAAUCCGACGGUGUGAUCCAAUCGUUCGCGGGUGGUGGAAGUCAGUCGCGUUCCAAUUAACGAAACUCCACUCGUCGCGAUGCUUACUGUUAACUAUGUAACGUACUUUGCAAAAGUGGUUACGGCUACGUAAAUUGUUCGUUAAUGAGGUUGCCCGCGAAGAAAACAGCGGUUGGAUCGAAACGGAUUAUCCAAAGAACACUGUUGGUCUACCACGUGUGCACACAUCGGAACACCAGACUGGCAAUGGAAAUCGUAGCUAUGGCUGAUUAGGGGAAACUUAGUACAGUUCUCGGCCUGUUUUCUCGACGCUAUGACGGCCAGCGAGAUAACGAGAACUCGGCCGAGAUAAUGCGCCACCAUGGUUAUCGGAACGAACGUUUCCGAUGAUCGCGCUCGUCGAUAACGACCGGUGUAACUCGCGCUAUCGCACGCCCGAUUCACGCGGCCCCGAUGGGAUUACGCGGUGCUCGCAAGAAAGAACUGGCUAGAUCUGACCGAUAAAAUUCUACGUCCCCUAUCUCGGCGCUAUUUAGACCCGCCUCGUGGUGCUCCGAUUUCGGUGACAAGCAUGCUACGUAGGACAAGCGUCGUGCAGUGAAUGUCAAGUGUCCUGUGCUUUAUUGACCAACGAGUGAAGUGAGGACGACCCGUGACACCCCGGCCCUGGACACUUAACGAUGGAAACAGAGCACAUGUGAAUAUGAACGAUGGCCGAAUGAGGAUUCACAGUGCGCGGCGAGACUCCGUCGAUGUGCGGUUCCGUGUUUGAGUGUCCGUGAACAAUCUUAAGUUGACCGUGUAUUUGUAUUUGUAUUUGUAACGUGUGCUCCUCCAGCCUCGUCUGCUCGUAUGUAUCGCGUUCUGUCCCGCGACGGACAAACCGGGAACGAUGUCAUAGUGAGGUGCGAGCUGGAGUUCACGUCGGGCACAAUGGCACUGUUGUUCGCCAUCAUCGUCAUCCUGGUCACCACUGCCAUGUCGCUGCCGCCGGUGAUAAAAAUCGGUGCAAUAUUUACGGACGACCAAAAGGACAGCCCGUCGGAAUUGGCGUUCAAGUAUGCCAUCUAUAAAAUCAAUAAGGACAAAACUCUCCUGGCGAACACGACGCUUGUCUACGAUAUUCAGUAUGUGCCUAAGGAUGAUUCGUUCAGGACGUCGAAAAAAGCAUGCAGCCAGCUGUCCAGAUCGGUCCAGGGAAUCUUUGGCCCGUCCGAUCCUCUUCUAGGCGCUCACAUCCAAAGUAUAUGCGAGGCCCUCGACGUUCCUCACUUAGAAGCCAGAGUCGACUUCGAACCGACGUUCAAGGAGUUCAGCAUAAAUCUGUAUCCCGCGCAGGAUCACUUAAACAAGGCCUUCAAGGAUCUCAUGUCCUUCCUAAACUGGACCAGAGUGGCAAUCAUUUACGAAGAAGAUUAUGGUUUGUUCAAGCUACAGGACCUCGUAAAGUCGCCACCAUCCGCGAGGACGGAGAUGUACAUUCGCCAGGCGGGACCUGGAACCUACAGGCAGGUCCUGCGGGAGGUCAGACACAAGGAGAUCUACAAACUGAUCGUCGACACGGAUCCCGCGCACAUGCAACAAUUUUUUCGAGCGAUCCUUCAGCUGCAAAUGAAUGAUUACAGAUACCACUACAUGUUCACCACGUUCGACAUAGAAACGUUUGAUCUGGAGGACUUCAAGUACAACAGCGUGAACAUGACUGCGUUCCGUCUGGUGGACCUGGAGGAACCGAAAGUGGCCGAAGUUCUACGACAGAUGGAGAGUUUUCAGCCGAUUGGCCACGCGAUCUUCAACAAAACCGGGGUUAUCCAGGCAGAACCAGCUUUGGUCUACGACAGCGUGCAGGUGUUCGCGCACGGUUUGGCCGCGUUGGACCGCAGCCACGACCUGAGGCCCGUCAAUUUGUCCUGCGAGAAGGAAGAGCCCUGGGACGACGGCCUGUCCCUCUACAAUUACAUUAACGCCGCAGGUUUACACGGCCUAACCGGACAUAUCGAGUUCAACGAGGGUAAACGAAACAACUUCAAACUGGACCUCUUGAAGCUGAAAAAGGAGGAGCUGGUCAAAGUCGGGGAGUGGAAACCGGGAACGGGAGUCAACGUGACCGACGUCGGCGCUUUUUACGAGACCAGCGCGACCAACAUUACCCUGGUUGUUAUGACCAGAGAGGAGAAACCGUACGUGAUGGUAAAGGAAGACAAGAAUCUGACGGGGAACGCGAGGUUCGAGGGGUUUUGCAUCGAUUUGCUCAAGUGGAUCGCCGGUCAGGUCGGCUUUCAGUAUGCCAUAAGAUUGGUACCCGAUCACAUGUACGGCGUUUACGACCCGAAAACCAAGGAGUGGAACGGUAUCGUCAGGGAGCUGAUGGAGAAGAGAGCGGAUCUCGCCGUUGCGUCUAUGACAAUCAAUUACGCCCGGGAGAGCGUGAUAGAUUUCACCAAGCCGUUUAUGAAUCUCGGUAUCGGGAUUCUGUUUAAGGUGCCCUCCAGCCAGCCGACGCGGUUGUUCUCGUUCAUGAACCCGCUGGCCGUGGAGAUCUGGCUGUACGUGCUGGCCGCGUACAUGCUCGUCAGCUUCACCCUGUUCGUAAUGGCUCGGUUCAGCCCGUACGAGUGGAACAAUCCGCACCCGUGUCUGGGCGAGAGCGACGUCGUCGAGAACCAGUUUACCGUCAGCAACAGCUUCUGGUUUAUCACCGGCACGUUUCUUAGACAGGGCAGCGGGCUGAACCCCAAGGUUUCCGGGCGAACGCCGUCGAGGCUGUUCUCGUUCAUGAAUCCUCUGGCCGUGGAGAUCUGGUUGUCCAUGCUGGGCGCUUACAUGUUGGUGUCCAUAACGAUUUGGAUAGUGGCGAGGUUCUCACCUUACGAAUGGGUCGAACCGACUCCCUGUCCGAGCUGCAAUUGUCCCAUGCAGGGCGGUCACGUGAGCGCGUUAGAUCCUGACAGCGACGACAUUCCUCUGCCGAGGACGGUCAACGAGUUCACCCUGGCCAACAGCUUCUGGUUUAUGGUCGGCACGCUCAUGCAACAGGGCAGCGACCUCAACCCCAAGGCGACAAGCACGAGAAUAGUCGGCGGAAUUUGGUGGUUUUUCACGCUGAUCAUCAUCUCUUCCUACACGGCCAACUUGGCUGCAUUUCUCACGGUGGAGAGAAUGAUAACGCCGAUUGAGAACGCGGCUGACCUCGCCGAGCAGACGCAGAUCUCGUAUGGGACACUCGAGGGUGGAAGCACGAUGACGUUUUUCAGGGACUCGAAGAUUGGAAUCUACAAAAAGAUGUGGGAGUUCAUGGAGUCGAAAUCGCCGUCGGUGUUCGUGAACAGCUACGAAGAGGGGAUAAAGAAGGUGCUCGAGGGUGACUACGCGUUUCUCAUGGAAUCCACGAUGCUCGAUUAUGCGGUGCAACGCGAUUGCAAUUUAACGCAGAUCGGUGGUUUAUUGGACAGCAAAGGCUACGGGAUUGCAACGCCGAAAGGCUCGCCCUGGAGGGACAAAAUAUCUCUGGCGAUCCUCGAGCUGCAGGAGAAGGGCGUGAUACAGAUCCUGUACGACAAGUGGUGGAAGAACACCGGGGACGUGUGCAAUCGGGACGAGAAGAGCAAAGAGAGCAAGGCGAACGCGUUGGGCGUCGAAAAUAUCGGAGGUGUCUUUGUCGUGCUGGUCUGCGGCCUCGCGUUAGCGAUCCUCGUCGCGGUCCUCGAGUUCUGCUGGAACUCCAAGAAGAACGCCCAAUCGGACCGGUCACUGUGCGCCGAGAUGGCUUCGGAAUUGCGGUUCGCCAUGCGAUGCGGGUCGCGGCAGAGGCCAGCCGCGAAGGCGCGCAAUUCCGACGCCGCGGUGCCCUGCGGCCGUUGCAGUCCGCGCACCACCAGGAGGAGAACCCGGUACUGUUCCACCGGACACGAGGAGACCACCUACAUACCGAGCAUCGAGAUACCACGGUUAAAUGCAGGAGGGUGGUGCGUCGUCGAUGACGGAGAUGAAGAAAUCAUUGAGCUUCGAUCAAGUGGGAGCGGCCCGUGGCGGGAACACCUAGCACAGGCCUCGUCCUCAUCUUCAUCCUCAGCAGCAGCAGCAACAACAGCAACAGCAACCGCCACCGUGCAAAGCCACGACCACGCACACACAUCACAAACACUGCCACUCACAUUCACACAGCCACAGUCACAGUCAUACGCACAAGCACCAACUACCCCAACCGAGGCAGAGACGGGGCUCCUCAAGCAUCGUCUUGGGUCAAGGAGGUGACCACCCUGAGAGCAUUCUCUGGAGAUUCGACUGCGACCUGGCGGGUGAACCGGACGUGGUGAUAUCGCCGCCCCCGCCGC